CGCUUGAAGGAACUCGCUACCUGCUUCUGCUAGCAGGGCGUACGUCCAUUGAUAGCAGUUGUCCAUACGUGGAGGUGGAGGUCUCACCUCACCUGUGUAGAGCUAGCUAGCCACAGCCACCAAGUUAAGAGGCGAGAGGUUGGCGUAUAAGCGGGACUGCAGCAGGAGGAGGAUACCUCAUCCAGGUCGUUUCAAGGACAAGCUAGGAGAGAAGAGAGAGUUAUUGAAGAUGCAAGACUGGGCGCCGGUGUUCAUCUCGCUGGUGCUCUUCAUCCUGCUGUCGCCGGGGCUGCUGUUCCAGAUCCCCGGCAAGUGCCGGAUCAUCGAGUUCGGCAACUUCCACACCAGCGCGCUCUCCAUCCUCGUCCACGCAAUCCUCUACUUCGCCCUCAUCGCCAUCUUCCUCAUCGCCAUCGGCGUGCGCAUGUACCUGGGCUCCUAGAUUUAGCUAGCCGCCUGUUGUUCAUAGAUCAUCCGAUGGCUGCCUGCCGAUGUCUGUCCAUCAGCUAGCAGCUCGUUCGCAUCCUCUAUCACUAGCCCAUCUCUAAUCAAGGGUUCUUUUUCCUAUAUACAUGUAUUAAAUAACAAUGUAUGUAUCAUCCGAGUUUAUUUAUUUCUUCUUCUAAUAAUACACGAGCUCAGCUCUUCGAUCAA